GGGACAGCUCGGUCAGUUGCUACCUACCUAGGUGCCUACCUAGGGUACUUAGCCUUGCAGGGCCCCCCCAACUCGGCCAUGUGCAAGUCGUCUUGUCCCCACGCAUCUGCCGCCCUUGUGAUAGAACCACCAGAGCCCACCUGACCCAGGCAGCAGUCCGACAGCAUUCCUAGGGAGCAUCAGGGACCCUUACACCACCGCAUCCCCAGAUGCGUCAUUCUCCCGGCCCUCCAUCAUCCACAAGAAGCGAGUACUAGUUAGACGGCUCGCCCGACUGCCUCCGCCUCCGCCUCCGCCUCCGUCAUGCUAUCAUGAUCCCCCGACAGACAGCCCUCUGCCAGACAUAACGAAGACCGCAUGCCUCGAACAUGACAUCCAACUUCUUCUCGAGGCUCGCUCCUGCGAGCCAACAGAGGUCUUUCUACGAGGAACUGCGCUCCCGCAACGAUGAUCUCGACGUCGAGGAUCGCGCCGGCUUCGCGCUGGACGACGAGAACCUCAACCACAGCUUUCAGGAGGACGACAUAGACCCCGAGACCCUCGCCAUCGAACACAGCAGGAUGACACAGGCCACUGACCCUCGCCCGGACCGCCGACGCAACACGAGACCGCCCCCCCAAGAACAAGAGACUGCGUGGCCACACCCCGAUGAAGAAGGCGAUAAUGAUAAUGAUGUGCCGGCCUCCCUCCUGGUCGAGAAUCACACUGUGGAUCCUCCAGCUGGGCCAAGCCGCCCGGGAAGGCCAGCCACACACCCACGGUCACAUGGCGCCCCCGAGCCUUCGACCAGGAGGCUCCGUGCUCAGUGGGAGGCAGCACAGCAACAGCAGAGGCUCCACCGGGACGACCGUGCCGCGGCCGCCCCUCCACAUGCCAGAGCGCGCUCGAACCGAGUGGUGGGCAGCAUCAUCACGGGAACGGCCGAGCAGAAAGCCAUGUGGAGAUGGGUUAACAUCACGAACCUCGACAGCUUCAUGCAGGACGUAUACAACUACUACCGGGGUAAUGGCCUGUGGUGUAUCCUGCUGGACCGUGUCCUCCACCUGGUCGAAGUCGGCUUCAUCGUCGCGUUCCUCACGUUUCUGACACAGUGCAUCGACUAUUCCAAAUUCCCCCACAGCAAGUCGCUGGACCAGGUUCUCGUACCCCAGUGCACAAAGAAAAUGUCCGGGUCCUGGAAUUUUGGGCUGUGGAUAUUUGUCUUUUAUUUCAUUUGGAAAGCCAUCCAGGUCCCACUGGACAUCCGGCGCCUCCUACACCUCCGGGACUUUUAUUCUCACCUGCUCGGCAUCCCCGAGCAUGAUAUGCAGAGCGUCUCGUGGCAGGACGUCGUUGUCCGAAUAAUGGGCCUCCGGGAUCAGAAUCCCAAGACAGCAGGUCACUUGACGGCACGCCAGCGCAAGUUCCUUGGUAGUCAGUCCAAGGAGAGGCUCGACGCGCACGAUAUUGCCAAUCGGCUGAUGCGAAGGGAGAACUUUCUCAUAGCCCUGAUCAACAAGGACAUCCUGGACCUGACCAUCCCGCUGCCGUUCUUGAGGGGGCGGCAGUUCCUCUCGCGGCUCCUCGAGUGGACGUUGAAUUUCAGUAUCAUGGACUACGUUUUUGACGAGCGUGGACAGGUGAACCAGGAGUUCCUCAAGUCGGAUCGCCGGGGCCAGCUGAGCCAGAAACUGCGGGCAAGGUUCCUGUUCGCCGGGGUUAUGACCCUGAUGAUAGCUCCUGUCAUGGCUGGCUACCUCUUCGUCAUGCACUUCCUGACCUACUUUCAUGAAUACCGCAAGAACCCUUCGGCCUUGGGGACGCGAGCAUACACGCCCUUGGCCGAAUGGAAGUUCCGGGAGUUCAAUGAACUUUCUCACAUCUUCCAGGAACGCCUCAAUAUGUCAUACCCCUUCGCCACGCGCUACCUGGACCAAUUCCCCAAGGAGAUGACGGCGCGCAUGGCGAGAACCGUAUCCUUUGUCGCCGGGCCCCUGGCGACCGUGCUGGCGAUCAUGACGAUGGUGGACACCGACCUGCGGUUCGAGAUCACGCCUGACCGAUCGGUGCUGUUCUACUUCUCCAUCUUUGCUGGUGUGUGGGCCGUUGCGAGGGGCAUGGUCCCGGAGGAGAACAUGGUCUUCGAGCCCGAGUACGCCUUGAGGCAAGUCAUCGAGUACACGCACUACGAGCCAGACCGCUGGCAGGCGCUGGGACUACACAGCUCUGCCGUCAAGGACGAGUUUUCGGCCCUGUACAAGAACAAGCUGGUGAUAUUCCUGGAGGAGAUCCUGGGCAUCCUCAUUGCGCCCCUGAUCCUGUCUGUCAGCCUGCCGCGGUCGAGUGAACAGAUUGUCGACUUCUUCCGGGAGUUCACCAUCCACGUGGACGGACUGGGAUAUAUCUGCUCGUUCGCCGAGUUCGACUUCAAGAAGGGUGUCGGGAAGCCAAAGCCAGACACAGACACACGCGAAGACUACUACACGACGAAACAUGGCAAGAUGGCGGCGUCGUACUAUGGAUUCCUUGACAAUUACGUGAUAAACCCCAGGACGGGGAUCCCGGGCCACCUGCCACCGGGUGCGCGGAACCAAUUCCAGCCUCCCCCGGCGUUCCCCAGCCUGCAGUCCCCGACGCUGGCGGCAGAGAUGGCUACAUCGCGGAUGGGCCGCAGCGAGCUGGGACGGGCCAGGAGCCGAGGGCCCGGGGGGGCCACGCACACGGGCAGGACGCCGAGGCACGGAAUGGCGGCGCCACCAACGUUCUCGCCGAUGGCGUCAAUCCUGCUGGACCCGCACCAUCAGCCGCCGGCUUCGACACUGGGCCGUAGCAUGCACCGGGCGCGGCCGGGCAGGCACAGGGAAGACAUCAUCGAGGAGGGGUUCGAGGGCGAGGGCAACGGUGUGGACACGAGGCGACACGAGGAGGAGGAUGCGUACGAGAGCGGACACGGGCUGGACGAGUCUGCGUGGCAGGCAUCGCCAGCGCAGGCACUCAGCCGUGACAACAGCGCGACCAACCAAGGCGACAGGGAGGAGGGCGUGUUUGGGAUGAUGUACCAAUUCCAACGAGAACUCCAGCCAAGGCCAGGGGGCAUGCGCUAACCGUGUUGCAAGUGUUGGCGGGGGGGUGGGCAGGGCAUUGGCAGGGCAUUGGCGUUGGUCGGAGUAUCGAGGUAAUUAAUGGGUUUGGUGGGUCUAUAUUGGGUUUUCACUGUGGGCAUGGAAAUGGGACCCUGGGUUUUCAAGGGCUACAAGCCUGGCACAACGUGCCCAGGUCAUAUGUCACGGGAGGCAGGCCUGGGGUCUAAUAAGGGGUAGCUAUUGUUUCCCCUACAACAGAUAAAGACAUCAACCCUGCCACAUUUGCACAUCUGACAGCUCUUGGAGUCCGGGUCGUGAUGGGAAAUGCGCCACGGCGAGGGGGCUGGACGUAGAUGCGACGGUAGCCAUACGGCCAAGACAGCUUAUUAUGUGGCACUGGUACGGACAGCAGAUGGACGGGCUGGCUGGCCGGCCGGGGCUGGGACGGGCGAGCAGGGACGAAAAGACCGAGGCCGAAUCGGAAGGCCGAUAGCUCCUGCUGGCGGCUGGCGGCUGGCGGGCAGGAUGG